AUGGGACGGCCGCGAGGUGGCAUGAAGGGUGCCGCGCUGGUCAAGGCGGCGUUGGCGAGGGCGGCCGCAUUGAAGCAGGCGAACGCACGGACGGCGGGAGAUGUAGCUGCUGACGCCGCAGUUCUUGGCACGGCAGAUGAGCUGGCGAGCGCGCAAGCGGAUGCUUCGACCCAAGAGGGGCAGAAGCUGGAGGACGCGAGUGCCCAGGCAACCGCAGCCCCUGCUGCUCCAACAGAGCCGGCAGCCGCCCUCCCCUCCGCCACCGAUCUCGGCGUGAGCGAGGAGAAGCUGGAGAAGUGGCGCAAGUUCGGCGGUGGCGACCUCGAGCCGGUCCUCGCGAGCGGCGCCGUCGCCCUCCUCGACGCGCAGUGGAUCAUCCGCCACGCCGAGGCGGGCGGCGUCCUCACCCACCGCCAGGCGCUGCCCGAAGAGGCCUUCCUCUCCCUCGCCGACCUCGUCAAGGCGACCGGCGAGGAUUGGCUUCCCGUCGCCGCGCUCUCCUACCCGUGGCUGACCAAGGACCACCCCGACCCGCUCGGAGCCAACCUCGCCCGCGUCGCAAGGGCGCUCAAGGCCCUGCUCAGCGAUCCCGACCUCAUCACGCGGCUCGGCGUCUUCUGGGACUUCGGCUCGCUGCACCAGCACCCCGACCCCGCCAACGGCGUCCUGCGCACCGAGGAGCAGAACGCGCUCUUCAAGCAGGGGCUGGGCUGCCUCGGCACGCUCUACUCCCACCAGCACACGUUCGUGCUGCGGCUGACCUCCUUCCCGGACGGCCACAAGGCGGAGGAUCAGACCGAGGGCACCAACGUGGCCAAGUACUUUGACCGCGGCUGGUGCUUCACGGAGCAGUGCUGGGCGGGCCUGACAAAGGCCGGCUUCCUCUCGCUCGACCUCGGCAAGAUGCGCGUCGGCACGGAGUACGGCAUCGUCAGCCUCAUUGACGACUGCAGAAAGGAUGGCGGCCGGCGCCCUCCGCUGCUGCCGUCUGCGUUCGCGGCGGAGCUUGAGAAGAAGAGCUUCACCAACGGCAAGGAGGACUAUCCGCUGGUGAAGGGGUUGUACAAGGACGCCUUCGAGGAGCAGUUUGGCAAGGCGACCGUGCUGGACUACACCGGCCUCGGCUGGGGCGACGCGGAGACGGCGCAGCUGGCGGAGGUCCUCGCGAGCGGGGCAGCGCCGCGGCUCGAGUACCUCGGGCUCGGCGGCAACAAGAUUGGCGACGAGGGCUGCAAGGCGCUGGCCGCCGCCCUCGGCAAGGAGGGGGCAGCGCCGCGGCUCAAGACGCUCAAUCUCGGCGGCAACCAGAUUGGCGACGAGGGCUGCAAGGCGCUGGCCGCCGCCCUCAAGGAGGGGGCAGCGCCGCGGCUCAAGACGCUCAAUCUCGGCGGCAACCAGAUUGGCGACGAGGGCUGCAAGGCGCUGGCCGCCGCCCUCAAGGAGGGGGCCGCCCCGAGCUUGAAGGCGCGAGAGACGCCACCCCUCGCCACACGCCCCUCCCCCGCCCGAUGCUCAUCGCACCUCCCCACGCGUGCAGACGCUCUGGGUGCGCAACAAGAAGCAGCCUGA